AUGGCCUUCGACUACGCCCAGGAGGACGAGAGGGAAGCGCUCGGCCGUAAACUCAGGUGCUGGUGUCAGGGGUUCGGGAGGAGGGUCGGGGAGGAAGCGCGUACGACCCAGACCCAGAGCUCCAGGGGGGAUUGGUCUACAAGCGCGAAGAUGGAGGCCCUCCUUCGCAAAGAGCAAGCAAAUGCUGAAGCCGACGCCGAGGAGGCGCGAAAGGCGGCCAGGGCGGAGCCAGCCUUUGGUCCUGGACGCCAGACUCGAGGUGGGCAGAGGAGAAGAAGUGCAGUCGGGGGUGUAGGGAAGGAAAGCCGCAAGAAGAUUUGCGGCAAGCCGGAGUGUGGAUGGGUGCCGACUGCCGCGGGUCACCAGUGCACUAGGUGUCCCGCGGGGGUUGUCCACUGGGCAAGAGAUAGGCUGUGUACCGCAUGCCAUCAACGGGAAGACGGGAGUGGGUUCACGCACCUGUUGAACACCCGCAUUGCCUCGGCCCGCCAACUUGUGGGCAACCUGCCGUCUGAUGAGGCGGGGGUUGUACGUAUGCUGCGAACGUACAACCCUCAGUCUGGCCACUGUGUCUGCCGGCGAGACGGCUGCCUCAUUUCCCGCCUGGGUCGCUACGAAAAGGGGAGGGCUACGCCAACAUGUCAGGGUCCUGGGGACGGAAAGCCGUGUCAGGUCAAAGGAAAGUUUUGGGCGAAGCGGAAAAAGUAUGCGGUGGCCGAGGAUGGAGAAGGUGGGGAGGCGGGGGCGUCAACGGGAGGCGGAGGUGUGCGGUGUCAGGCCUGCUAUGUACAGCGGCGCCGCUCUUUCGAUGUGUCUCGACUGACACGAGCGGCAGGGGAUGACCGAUCCGGUGUUGCACAAGCUUCCACCUUGUCGGUGGCGCCUGCCAGCGGGGGGGCGGACGUUGUGACUACCAGUGGCCAGAGGCAAGGGACAGUCGGGGGAGCGUCCACCGACGAGGGCUCUGGCGUUGCGGCUGCCCAGGCGCGUGUGCGAAAAGUCAAAGCGGCGUCGAUUGUGUGCUCUCGUGUGGAAGGAUCCGUUAGAGGCGGAGAGAUCCUUUACUGGAAGGAUGUCGCGGAGUGGCUGAUGGCCGAGCGAGCUAAACUCGGCGAGGAUGAACUUGUUGUCAGAGGAGAUGGCCGCGAGAAGGCACUCUGCUUGUUCCCCAAGGAUCUUCGGGACGAGGUUGUCGUUGGAUACCUCCCGCGGAUGCGUGCGGCGGAGGCGGCGACUCUGAAGUCUGAGCUGGAACGGGUUGCCAAAGACCCUGCGCGUCCCCUCGACCCUGUCUGUCAGGAGCAGAGGAUGGCGGUUGUCAAGACUGCGGGCGAGAUUGUCCGGCGCGAUAUUGAACUGGAGAAGAGCCUGAGGAACGCGCCCGGCCCGGGGACGGCGAACAUCUACAUGGAGCAGUUGGAGCGGCAGGUGGAGCCCACGGCGGAAACCUCUCCGAUGCCCCCUACGGUGGUGGGGUUGUUCCAGAGCGUGAUCGACGAGGACUUGACAGGCGAGCUAAACCCUGCGGAGCAGCCCAAGGUGAAGUCGACCGACGACGCAGCGCCAGCGCCGUGCAAGGUGUGGGAGCGAGGGUGGCGAGAUGGGUUCAAGAAGAGCGUCGGUGACGCCACCGACGACUCCGCAGGCGGGUCGGACAACUGUGAUUCUGAGCCCGGAGUCGGAGUGAGGCAGGGAGAAGGUCCGCAUAUCCCGUGUGUGGUGUGUGUGGCGUUAUGGGCGGGGGCGGAGGUGGGCAUGCUCGAGGACGCAAGCAUGUUGAAGCGAAUCCGCGAUUUGAGUUUGGACGACAUCCUCCUCGAAUCUGACCCGGCGGAGGGAGAGCGGCGGUAUGGAGCUUUCUUCGCUACGCUCCUCGGCGCCGUGUCGAAGUCCGAGCGGAUGAGGUCGACGGAGGGCGGUCCGUUGUGGUGCUUCGAGGCCCAACUCAGGGAGGAUAUUUCGCUGGAGGUGAGGUCAAACACUACAGGGCGGUAUGCUUUCAUCCAACGCGCCAGCACCAAGAGCUACACCGAGAUGAAGGGGAUAAUUGACCGUAUCCUUGGCAUAUGGCGCGGCACCGACGCAGGCAACGAUGGAGCACCGUGUAUUAUCGCCGGGGAUGAGGAGACAUACCGCUUCAUAUACCACCUCAUGAAGCAGGGCCCCGAUAACUACCGACAAAUCCGACGGUAUCCGGGAGACUGGCAUCUUCUGCUGCACAUGGCCAAGGCUCUUCUCAAGCGGUACUGGGGGGCUGGUAUCGAAAUCGUGGCGUGUGGUUUGACUUUAUGUGCGCCCUAACGCCACACUCUAGCUGUCGCCUUGUCCGAUGGUGAUCCGUGAGUGUUUUGGUGUGUAGUCGUACGGGAAUAAUUGUUGUUUUUUUCAUUUACAAAUCGGCGAAGGAGUUAGUCCAAAUAGUUUUGACCAUUUACGAGAUGUUCAUCUGUGACUUAUUCUGCUUCAUUUUUUUUUCUUUAUCAUUUGUUGAUAUCUCAUUGG